GUCCUCUAUCCCUUAUUCGUGUGCAACUUCAUCGGGAUCGCAUUUAGUCGCUCUCUUCACUAUCAGUUCUAUGUCUGGUACUUUCACACUUUGCUCUAUUUGCUUUGGUCGUGCGGUCGAUUUUCCAGUCCAUUUCGUCUGCUCCUUCUCGGCCUGAUCGAAUUGUGCUGGAACACGUACCCGUCCACCGUGUACAGCAGUGGUCUGUUACACGUGUGUCAUCUCACCCUCCUGAUUGGUCUUCUUUGGUCCGCACCGGACGAACGCACCACUACACUACUCCCCGAGGCGACCAAAAAACCGACGAAACCAGUACCGGUCAAGUCGCAUCAGCGACGCUCCAAGCCGAAGCAGGCGUAAAUUCCGUGCCUGGCAAUCACGGAUUUGAUCAAGCAAUCAAUUAUUAA